ACUCAGUGUCAGUACUGAGUUUAUUAAUAUCACAUAUGGACACUUGAUUUCUUCUUUUUUUCCCUUGUUUGUCGUCUUCUUGUUCUUCUUUGGUUAUGGCAGCAGAUUGUGCUGUGGAGACAUGGACAGAGUUCGGUUUUUUAGGAACAUCAGUCACACCGAAGGUCAGGUUUGGAACAGAUGUGUUCAUCUGCACUGGCAGCGACGAGGUCUAUGUCUUCAGUACUCACGAGAGACGACUCAAGGCUGUUUUCCAGUUACCUGGUCCAGCGACUGAUCUGGUAGAAAGCCAUGACAAGCAGCUUGUCUAUGUGGCAUGUGCGAGUGGAGUUUAUUGUGUCAACUUACAAUCUCUGCUACACAGUUCCCAAAGCGCCCCACCUGAAUCAUCCUCCAGUCCCACUGAGCUGAAGAUUUCCUCUGAGUUUCUUGUCAUUGAAGCAGAUGGAGUGUCGUCUCUGCUGCUUGUUGGCUCUGUGCUCCUGACCCUUUGCCAGACAGACUCCUCCUGGUUGAUGACUUUGUAUAAAACACCAGAACAAACACAGUCCAGCAGCUAUGAGGUGCUCGGAUCCUUCAGUCUGCCACUGGUCUCAGCUGUUGUACAAGAUGACACUGAGUCGAAGGGCGGGCGGAGAAGGUCGUCUGUGCUGAUUUGUGUGCAUUCCGGUGAUACAGCACCAUCAACUGUACCUCAUGGCCACUUCCGCCUCGAGCCUGUCCUCUUCAAACUUCUGUUUGGGGUCGAAGCUGCUCUCGCCAAAUCACCGGUGAUCGUCUGCGGCCUGCCAGAUGGACGCCUCUGUUUCCUGCCUCUGCGUCUCCCAGGAUCACGGCUUCGAGUCCUGCACAGCCUCGAGCAGCCAGUUGUGUUUGUUGGAGCAUCUGUUGUCAUGGAAACGGGCCCAGGACAUGCACAGUGUUUGGUGGCAGUGGGUGGACAAGGCAGAGUGGUCCUGAUCAAGACUGAGAAGGGAGGGCCGGAGGACGGGAGCAGCCUCGCUGGUUUCACAGAGGUUUGUGUAUCAGGGCCUGUGGAGUGUGGCUGCGUGGAUCAUAACUGUCUUUACUACAGCACUGGUUCAGAUCUGCUGCUACUAGAUCUGUCAGAGGGAUCAUCUGGGAAAGAAGGCAAAGAAAGGGAUGACAAGACAUCCAGCAAGACCACAGCAGCUCUUCACAGUCCCACCAGUUUAAAUGUGUGCAGAGUCGUCGCCUUGGCUGAGCCGACGUGCAACACAGCAGGGCAAGUCCAGCUGCUGGGACUGUCUGUCAGAGGGAAGCUCCAGAGGAUUAGUUUACCUGUGAGGAGAAAGGAGGCAGGAUUGUCUAAGCAGGUGGGCCGAAGCGUCAGAGACCUCCUGUCUGCUAUCGGGGAUGUGUGCGAAAGAGCAUCAGUGCUGAAAACAGCCAUCAAAUCCAAAAACCAGAUUCUGAAGCACCUGAAUCAGGUGGUCAACAUCAGCUUCCUGCUCACAGCCACUGCAAAUACUGAAGAUCAUCUUCCCAUGAAGGAGAAGCCAAUCAGAUGUCACGCCAUGACUAGUUGGAGCAGAUUGCUUCAAAAAGACUCCUUGAAUCUUGCGUGUGUCCUGGAAAAUUCCAGUCUUUAUGUCCUGGAACGAGGCUGGACACUGAGCAUCACGGUGGUUCCUUUGUGCUGUUCUUCCACCGCAGGAGAGGAAAGCUCCUCCACAAAUUUUUUAUUCCCAUUCCAACAUCUCCAUCCAGGGGAAACUUUAGAGGUGUCGCUGCCCAUAGCAGCUGCAGGCGACUCAUCUUUCCCGUUGACUGUGAACUGCUCGCUCAUCUUCUCCCUCUCAAGUCUCCUGGGAGAGGAGGGGGCAGCGAGCUGUCCUGGAUGGCAGAGUAACAUCAGUUUGCCCUUGAACACACUGACAGUGGACUGGCUGCACGCCCUGCACCUAAACAAUCCCACAGCCAGGCAUAAAAUGGUCACAUUUCAAUCCAGCAGCAUCACAACAGACCCCAUCCAAGCUUUCAUAAGCUCACGGCAGAUUAGGCGAAGUAGAGGAGCCGACAGAGGAGGAGAGAGCGUUUCAAGACCGGAGAAGUAUUCGGCGAGCGUGCGGGUGUCUUCAGAGCUACUGAGAGAGUUGAAAAGCUCUGAUUUAGACCCCAAGGCGCCAAAGCUGGCCCCUGAAAACCUCUGCCUCUCUCUGCUUGAGUGGCUGUUGUCUGAAAGUUCUGGAGGAGUAAAGAUGGGACACCAAGGAGAUAAGGUUGCAGUGAGCAGCUCAGUGGUCCACGCUCAUGGUCCAAAUGGAGCCACAGUCAAACUGACUGCGAAAGAGAUAGAAGUCAGGGAGGAGAACACAGAGAAGGAUGAGCGUCUGACUGCAGCAGAGGUUCAGGUUGAGAGCUCAUCUGUAGCAGCAGUGUGUGGACUACAUCAUGCUGUGCUGAGCCGGAUACAGAUUUUGCUGCAGAGGGCUCCAGAGAAAGCUGCUUCCAUGACCAGGGUGCCGAUUUUAAGUUUAAGACAGGCGCUGCAGCGGGCCGAGAUCCAGCAAAGUCAAAUCUCAGGGGCUUUUGGCGUGGGCAUGACCACAGGGCAGACGAGCCCAUCUCUUCUCAAUGUUUACCAAGAACUCAGACAAAAUCCUCUCCUCAUAAUUUAACACCUACACAGCUGCCUUCAGCUCUGCUCGCUCUUUGGUCAUCUGACUUUGCGGCUGGUUUAAAAAUAACGUCCAUUCAUGAUGCAUAACGAUUGCCACCGUAGACAUACACAUUGUAUGUGAUAUUUUACUUGUGGCUUGGCUUUGAAGACGUUUGCUGAUGUAUAAAUUUAUUUCAUUGUUCACACGAUAAUAAAUGUUAUGAAGAUUCA